GACCUGCAAAUCCGUGGCAUAUAAAAUGCACUUUUUUUGCCUUCGUAACCGUCUGUCAUUCAGUCACGGAAGUAGAUUCUUCUCUGUCUGAACAUUGACCAGGGCGGAGGGUCCUUGAGGAUUUCUUGAAGAGUACUUUGAUCUUUAUGCAAAUGUUCGUUUCCAUGGUUCCAUUACGAAACCGGAACGGGAAGUAACAACUUCAGGGGUAGACGUGCAACCCAAACAAACACAAAAAAUUGGAGUACAUACAACUAUAACGCACGAUUCAUUUACUAGUUCAACAUGGGAGGAGCAGCGAGUCAGUUACCAAAGGAUCUUCUCUCAGAAUACCAGGAACUUACGUUUUUAACCAAACAAGAAAUUUUGCUAGCUCACAAAAGAUUCACUGAACUCGUAACAAGAGAGGACAGAAGCUCAGCUGUCACCAGAGUACCCAUGGACAAAAUCCUCACUCUACCAGAGCUUAAAUCUAAUCCAUUCAGAGAGAGGAUCUGUCAGGUGUUCUCCACGUGUGAGCUUAAGGAUGGCAGUCUGACAUUUGAAGACUUUCUGGACCUGCUGAGUGCCUUCAGUGACUCUGCCACCUUGGAAAUAAAAUCCCACUACGCCUUCCGCAUAUUUGACUUUGAUGACGAUGGGACACUGGAUGAAAGUGACCUAAGGAAGCUGGUGAACUGCUUGACAGGUGACACGGAGGACACAAGGCUCACUCAUGAGGAGAUGAAACAGCUCAUCUCAAAUAUUCUGGAGGAGUCAGACAUCGACAAAGACGGAACAGUGAAUCUCUCUGAAUUCCAGCAUGUCAUCUCCAGAUCUCCAGACUUUGUCAGUUCUUUCAAGAUUGUGCUGUAAAUUAUAUCUGCAUGCAAAUGCAAAGCUCUGGAAGCUUUUGGAGGGGUCCACAACGUUUCACAGGAAACACCAGCAUUUUAUCCAUCAUAAACAUUUUAAGCAUGUUGGUGUCUUUUAACUUGUUUUUGCCUUACGGAUUUACUGUUUUCUAUCAUGGGUCUAUACAGGGUCGUGGUACUUUUUUAAAAUUUGUAUGUGAUUUCUUUGAAAACUCUUUGUGCAAUAAAUACCUUUAUACACUG